AUGUCAGAUAUCAGUGAUAAAAAAAUUUCAAAAUUACAAUCUUUAGUAGUUGAUUCAGGUCCCUUGAUCAAAGGUGCAAACAUUCGUCCUUUGGCUAAUAAAAUAUAUACAAUUCCGGAAGUGAUAUCAGAAAUUCGUGAUAAACAUUCUCGUGACUUUUUAAAUCAAAUUUUAUAUGAUAUCGAAAUUAAAAUCGUAAAUUUUUCAAAAAAAUCUGGAGAUUUUCCUAGUUUAUCAGCUGUUGAUUUGAGAGUUUUAGCAUUGACUUAUAUGCUUGAAGUUGAAGCCAAUGGAAAAGAACGUUUAAGAAAAGAACCUCUCAAAUCUUUCGCUAGGAAAGGUGGACAAACUGGGCAAGUUAAGAAUAAUGAGAAUAGCGUGGAUAAUGGAAAUAAUGUCAAAAAAAGUGACAACGAUGAUUUACACGAAAAUGAUAAAAUUCAAAACGACAUUGUAUCGAAUAUGGAAAAUCUAACUCUUUCAAAAAAAAAUGCAAAUGAUUAUAAUGAUUCUAAAGAUGACGGCAAGAGUUGUAACAAUGAAAUUCCUGAAACAUUGAUAACAAACGAUGAUAAUAACAAUAUUGAAGUUUCAUCAAAUAAUAAUGAUUUAGAUAUAAAUGAAACUGGAAUUAUAACGUCACAAGAAAAUACUCUUGAAUCUUUAAAUAACGUUUUGUUACAAAUGCGAUUGAAUUUAGUAACUGUCGAAGGAAUAAAGAUUAAUAAAGUAAAGAAUUGGGUUCUUAGGUGUCACGCUUGUUUCAAUUGUGGUAAUGCGACUUUGAUUCGUACCAGUACUAGUACUGAUGAGAACGAACCAAAAGGUGGUCGUCACGCUAAUAAUCUUAUUCUUCGUGAAGAUCAAAAAGAAUAUCAAAAAGCAUUAAAAUUGCAGCGUAAACAAAAAAGGAUAGAUAUAUUUGAUCCGGAUUAUAUUCCUGAAUUGUUUAUCAAAUCUAAUUCACCAUCGUCAUUAAAAUAUAGUGGACCUCCUGUAAUAGGUUAUGGGCGUAGAAAUCCAAAUGAAGCUAGAAGAAAAAGAAAGUGA